AUUAAACUAAAUAAAACAAACGAUAUAUACGUACGUAACUCGUAGUGCUUGACAUACUUAAAAAGUCAUAAAAUGACAGUUACGCCAUUGCCAGAAAUUUAAAUAAAUAAAAACAUUGUAAAUGUGAUCGUUUGUGUGAGAAAAAUCGUAUCUAAUAUAAGUUAAAAACGUUUUAUAUGUAACCUAAAACAAAAUGCCUGCAUCUAUCGGUGUGAACCUGCGUGUGACAGGACAUUGUCGCCAAGGUGGUAGAAAAUAUAUGGAAGAUUUCUUUUCGGUUGCAUAUCAACAAACUGAAGACGAAAAAGAUUUGGAAUAUGCAUUUUUCGGUAUAUACGACGGCCACGGUGGUGCCGAAGCAGCAGCUUUUGCCAAAGAACAUCUUAUGGAAACCAUAAUUAAACAUAAAAAUUUUUGGUCAGACGACGACGAAGAUGUAUUAAAAGCCAUCAAAGAUGGUUACAUAGCAACGCAUUACGCUAUGUGGCGUGAACAAGAAAAAUGGCCAAGAACAGCAUCGGGAUUACCAAGUACUGCAGGUACUACUGCUAGUAUAGCCUUUAUUAGGAGAGGUAAAAUAUAUAUCGGUCAUGUAGGUGAUUCUGGUAUAAUAUUAGGUUAUCAAGAGCCCGGUUGUUCUGAUUGGAAGGCGAAACCAUUGACUCGAGAUCACAAACCUGAAAAUGCGGACGAAUUGAAUAGAAUAAAAAGUUGUGGAGGCAAAGUAGUUGCAAAAUCGGGUGUACCACGCGUUGUAUGGAACAGGCCUAAAAUUGGUCAUCAAGGACCAGUUCGUAGAUCGACCCCCAUUGAUGAAAUACCAUUUUUAGCGGUCGCUAGAAGUCUUGGUGAUCUUUGGUCUUAUAAUUAUCAAAGCAAUAGAUUUAUCGUUUCACCUGAUCCGGAUUGUACCGUUAUAAAAAUUGAUACUAAUCUACAUCGAUGUUUAGUAUUUGGUACUGAUGGUUUAUAUAACAUGCUGAGUCCUAUCAUGGCGGUGCAUAUAGUACAGCAAGUUGAACGACAUAACGAAAACGCAGCUUUGAGUGACUCUACUUUCAAAACUUGGUUAAAUCCAAGUAAAUUAUUGGUAGAAAAAGCUUUAGAAAGGUGGCAUUCCACAAAAAUGCGUGCAGAUAACACAUCGGUUGUUACUUUGAUGUUAGAUCCACCAGGACCCCCAAGAGCCCAAGUUUUAAAAGAUAGAAAGAAGAAUUUACCAGAAAGAGGUUUGAAAAUUAUGACUCGUUUUGACGGCGAAUCGACUCAGAAUUCGUCUUGCGAUAAUAACCGACCAGUACCGGAAGCGAAUCAACUUCCUGAAGAACAGGUUAAAGAAGAAAGUAGAGAAACGACGCCCGUAUCAUCAAGUGACCUUACAACGACCAAUUUUCCACUGAAGGAGCGAAAUUUUUUACCGAAACCCCGUGAAAGCACCAGCUUCGAUCCUCGAGUUUCCGAUAGCGGCAAAGAAAAUCUCAAAGAAGAUAAUACAAUACAAUGUAACGAAGUAUCUUCGAGUAAUAUCGAAAUAGAAGAAGACGAAGAAGGGAAUAACGUAACCAAAAGUGGUAAACGUAAUUUGAGAAGUGGAGGUGAAAAGAGGAAAUUGGAGAUUGAUGAAAAUGAAUCGAUCCAAAGGCCUCGGAAGAGCGCCCGUAUCGAUAACAACCGGAAAAGAGUGGGAGGGUUAGUGGAGGAGAGGAGGGCAUUCGAGGCGGAGGAGAAAUUGAAAAAGUUGGCAGAAGAAGCAGAUCUAGUUAAACGUGAUGGGGGGUUAAGUGAAGGGAAAAAGAGAACCGGGCUGUUAAGUGGACCUAUAACAAAGAAGGGAAUUAAAAGUAUGUUUGAUAAGGUGAAGAAGGUACGAGAAACAGCAGUGAUGAAAGCUAAGGGGAUGAAAACGAAAAAAUUACAAGUAUCUGCAAAAAAACCAUUAAAAGUGGUAUCAAAAAAAGCUACUUUCCAUAGGAAUUCAAAGAGAAACGUCUCUAAACGUCGAAAUACAAACGUCGUUCCAAAACCAAAGAUAAAAGAAAUAAAUAAAUUCAACAAAAAAGAAAAUUUUCAAGAGAAACAAACAAAAAAAGGAAAAGUUUUUAAUAAGAAAAAAGAAAACCUCUUGAAGGUUGUAAAAAACAACAAUAUUUCUAAUGUAAAAAGCUCGAGGAGUACCAGGAACAGUACCGCUCCAAAAUUAGAUUCUUCGAGCAUAUCCACCCAAAAAUCGCCUUCGACGAUCAAAACGCCGAAAUUGAUUAAAAAAAAUCGACAGUCUUAGAAAAGAAUGUACGAAAUCCCAAUUUUCAUUUAAUUUAAUUCCAGUUUCGAUUAUAACAAAUUUAUUUCAACAAUUGAUUUGCAUUUUUCGUUAUUUUCGCUCGAUUCGUGGACGUAUUUUUCCCAUUAAAAAAAUAAAUGAAUCGAAUCUUGAAAAAAAUAUUUUUUAGUUUAGCAAAACUGUACUGAAGAUUCGAAGUAUAAGACUUUAGAUUACUUAAGGAUGUUGGAAUUUUUAUUUAUCUCACAAUUUUGAUUUUAUUAUGUACAUAAAAAUGGUGGAAUAAGAAUUUUAACGACCA